AUGACGCCGGGUGUAGCUGCAGGGAACGGCAACGCCGGAGGCGUUCGCGACCUCUCCAAAGGUGCCAUCCUCCAGUGCGUGGAAGCCGCAACCCUUGGUAUGCCAUUCGAAGUCUGGAAGACGCGCAUGGGAAGAUACCGCAAGGAGUCGACAAUUGAGGCCUUUCAGCAAAUCUACAAGCAAGGCGGCGUCCAAGCCUAUUGGCGAGGGUUGGCUCCAAAGCUUGUGGAAUCUGCCUCCAAGGGUGCAGUGCUGCUCUACUCGAAAGAAUGCAUCUUGUCCUCGAUGAGGCGUCUGGGCGCCUCGGAAACUCUCAGCGGAUUCGCUGCAGGCGCCGGCGGCGGCAUUUGUCAGACGGCCGUGAUGGGGCCUUGCACAUACGUUGUCACGGCUCUCGUCACAGGCGGCCGAGACAAAACACACGGCGGAAGGGCGUCAGACAAAAUACGGGAAGUCUGGCGCACCAAGGGAGUUAAGGGCUUUUACUCAGGUGGAACGGCGAUUGCUUUGCGGCAAGCCACCAACUGGGCCUCGCGGCAAGGCUUCACUGAAUGGGUGCGCACGAAGAUGAAGGGCGGGGACGAGCGCGCGAAACUCUCAAAGACGCAAGAAGUCGCCGCGGGCAUCGUCGGUGGAACUCUGUCGACGUGGAAUCAGCCGUUCGAAGUUGCGCGCAUUCAGAUGCAGGCCGCUGCCAACGAGGGAAAGCAAAAACACAACAUUCUGCAGGUUUUUCGGACCAUCGUCGUUCAGGAAGGCGUGCAAGGUCUUUUCAAAGGCGUCAUUCCCCGUAUCGGCUUGGGAAUUUGGCAAACGCUCUUCAUGGUAACAGGCGCGAAACUUUUGAAGGAUUCGAUGAACUGGUAA